GAGGGGGUGAUCCGCAACACAACAGGAGAUAAGCUUGAUUUGUUCAUACUUCAACCACUGGGGCUCUUCUGCAUCUUCGCCAUACACAAACGCGAUGAAAUUAAGCGAAAACACGGCAUGAGCUCGACGGAAACCAGCGGCACCGACACAUCUGCCACCUUUUAAUAACCGGACGCGCUUUUCCUCUCCGGUUUACCGACUUUGUAGUGUUCGGGAUGGGUAAGGAGGUGAACGGCGUCUCUCGGAGUCGCUUUGAGAUGUUCUCUAAUAAUGACGAGGCUGUUAUCAACAAGAAGCUGCCGAAGGAACUGUUGUUACGAAUUUUCUCAUUUCUGGAUGUAGUCACACUUUGCCGCUGCGCACAAGUCUCACGAUCAUGGAACCUGUUAGCCCUGGAUGGCAGUAACUGGCAGCGCAUUGACCUCUUUGACUUUCAGAGAGACAUUGAGGGCCGUGUGGUAGAGAACAUCUCAAAACGGUGUGGAGGCUUCCUAAGGAAGUUAAGUCUUAGAGGAUGUCUUGGAGUUGGAGACAGCGCACUCAGAACGUUUGCCCAGAACUGCAGAAAUAUUGAGCUGCUCAGCCUCAAUGGCUGCACCAAGAUCACUGACAGUACCUGUAACAGCUUGAGUAAAUUUUGUCCAAAACUGAAGCACUUGGAUCUUGCCUCCUGCACCUCAAUCACAAACCUGUCCCUCAAAGCUCUAAGCGAGGGCUGUCCGUUGCUAGAGCAGUUGAACAUCUCGUGGUGUGAUCAGGUGACCAAAGACGGCAUACAAGCCCUGGUGAGAUGUUGUCCAGGACUCAAAGGCCUGUUCCUCAAGGGCUGCACACAGUUGGAUGAUGAAGCACUUCAACACAUUGGAGCACAUUGUCCAGAGCUGGUCACACUUAAUUUGCAGACGUGUUCACAGAUCACAGAUGAAGGUCUCAUAACCAUCUGUCGCGGGUGCCAUCGGCUGCAGUCUUUAUGUGUGUCGGGCUGUGCAAACAUCACAGACGCUAUUCUCAAUGCCUUGGGCCAGAACUGCCCUCGCCUCAGAAUAUUAGAGGUGGCUCGCUGCUCUCAGCUUACAGAUGUAGGCUUCACCUCACUAGCACGGAAUUGUCAUGAACUAGAAAAGAUGGAUUUAGAAGAGUGUGUACAGAUUACAGAUGGGACGCUCAUCCAGCUAUCUAUACACUGCCCUCGACUCCAGGUUCUGAGUUUGUCUCACUGUGAGCUCAUCACUGAUGAUGGCAUCAGGCAGCUGGGCAGCGGACCCUGCGCUCACGACCGACUGGAGGUGAUCGAGCUCGACAACUGCCCGCUCAUUACAGACGCGUCUUUAGAGCAUCUGAAAACCUGUCACAGCCUGGACCGCAUCGAGCUCUACGACUGUCAACAGAUCACCCGUGCCGGCAUCAAACGCUUGAGGACUCACUUGCCCAACAUUAAAGUUCACGCCUACUUUGCACCCGUGACUCCGCCUCCAUCGGUGGGCGGAAGCCGCCAGAGAUUCUGUCGCUGCUGUAUCCUUCUAUGAUGUAAAACAGACUGUGCAUCUUGACCUCUCACCCCGUGAUCUACCUAGAGCACAUGCUGGUGGGUCCCCGGUCAGACCGGAUGGGAGUGACGGAGAGACAUACCCGACACCCAGUCAUGAGCUUUAAUCAACACUACAGUCCAUUCAAUGGCUUUAUACAAGACUUAUAUGGUAAUUAAAGUGGACGAAUUGGGGAAUGUGCUACUUUUGUUCAUCAAAAACUACUUGGAGAAGAGAACAAUGGGGCCUUUAUGAAAAGAAAAAAAAAAAAAAAAAGAAA